UUAUCUAAUUUGUUUUUGUGUUUUUUUUUUGCAGCAUGAUUUUAGUUUAAUGAAUACGAAAGCCUUUGCGAACCUAAAAGGCUCUGGCGGUAACAUAUGGGAAGUCUUUGAAGUUUUAGAUGAUGCCCGACGUGCUAUUUUCAGAAAUACCGUCUUUGGCUAUUUUAUUGAUGUCCCUCGUUUACAAGGGGACGCUUUAUUGUUUCAUAAAAUGUUCCUUCAUCAGAUCCGGCCGGACCCUGUUUUAUCUCCAGAUGGAAUAAAACGUUUAUAUUUUCGAGUAGGCAAUACCAAAAUGGUUUAUGGGCUGGAAGAGUUUUGUUUGAUUACCGGGUUCAAUUUUGGGGAGUAUCCAAAAAACAUUGCGAGAAAAGGGUCGGAAAAAUUAAUAAGCAGUAAAAAAAGAUGUUUACUGCGUGAACGGCUAUUUCCGGACCAUACUAAUAGUUCGGUGAAAAUCGGCGACCUGAAAAGUUUAAUUUUAAAUCAAACAUUCCUAGCACUUGACGACCUUGAUGCAGUUAGAGUAUGUUUGAUAUGCAUUUUGUGUGAAGGUUUUUUGGGCAAAGAAGUUAACGAUCGGGUGCCACAAGAUUGGUUUUAUUUGGCUGAGAAUUUGGAUCUCUGGAAUAGCUUCGCUUGGGGUAGCUAUCUAUGGGAUUUUACUUAUGUUGACCUUGAGGAUACGUGGAAUAAGAUACAUCAUUAUUUAUCACUUCCUGAGCGUGGUCAAAUUUUAAAGUAUUCCGUCUCAGGAUUUACUGCUCCAAUUAGGAUAUGGAUAUAUGAGAUGAUUCCGGCUGUUCGUGCAUGUGGAUUUGCAUUGAGAAAAAAUAAAGACUUGCCUCGGAUGAAAAGAUGGAGCGGAACAAAAAAAUUGAAAUGGGUUGACGUGAACAAGAUUUGGUCAAAGAUGCAGGAGGGGCUACCACCAAGACAAAACAUGUUACCGGGUGAUGGUGAGAUGACAUCUUUUUAUUAUAUGUCAUUUCAAGAGUAUGUAUAUGGUGAAGGGAAAGCAGUUCCAUCCCCAGUACGGGACCAUUUUAGGAGACAAGACGAAUCUUCGUCUAGUAUGUCGUCCAGUGGUCGCUCUCAUGGUAGAGGUCGGGGCAGUGGGAAACACAAGCUAGACGAGUUGUUGAAACGGGUACAUGCACUGGAGCAGCAUGUGUUUAUGAAUCAACAAAAACCUACAGAGGUUUUUUAUGAAGAAGUGAAUAAUGAACAAUUUUGGAACGACAUUAUUUUUGAGGAACCGACAGUGUCACAAAGAAAUUAUGAUGAACAGGUUAGUUACACGCUACAUUAUUUAUUAAAUUUUAUUAACAUAUAUGAAUACCUGUGUUCAUAUUUUAUAUUUGAAAAUAUAGGUUGUGCAAGAUGAAGUGAUGAAUAAAAA